GGUGGCGCUGCAGUCGGGAGUCAAGUUCCCUCUAUUGGCGAGAAAAUUCGGUUCGAUUAGUCAGUACGUUUCUGGCUGUCGGUCCAUCGGGUCCGCAGCGCUGUGUUCAAACCAGUCACGUUUUUCUUUUUUUUUAUUUGCUGGAAGAGCACACGAACGAAAUUUCAUCUGCUUCAUUGACUGUUUUCUAUUUUUUUUUUUACAAGACUUGAAAUUUUUUUAAAAUAUUCGAAUGUUUUCUUAUUAUUGAGAAAUAUUCGUUUUUGUUUCGUUACGAAAUAUCUUCUAGACUUGUUCUGAAUUUGUUUUCAUCAAUGUUUGAUUUUAUCUCGUGAGGCGAAGAAUUUGUUAUCGAAAAGCGACAGACAUAAUACGAAAGAAGAAAAACGUGUCAUGCUGUUGCUGCCCUGCGUCGAGUUGUUGCUGACCGACUGAAUUUCUCUCAGUAAGGUUUCGCUCAGCACCAGGAGUUGUUUGAUUCUCUGCCGUGUCCAAUCGGAUCAGAGUUGAACAAGUGGAGGAGGAGGCGAUGAGCAGCUGGAUGAGGAGGUAGAGGAGGAGGAGAGUCGUAAAAAUAUCCUCCCAAAAAGAGGAACCCAUCACCACCACUACCAGCAGUCGUCCAGCAGCCACUCGAGUGUGAAGGAAGGACGCCGAAAUUCUUGGCCAAGAAGAAGGAAGAAUGAAGACUCGGACCAUCGUUUGGACUUUAUGGGCGAUGGCCGUCUUUUACGGCAUCGUCAACUGCCAAGCCGUCGAUGAAGGUGAACGCCGACCAGGAAGAAAACGCAAUCGAGGCAGCGGAUCCGGUAGCGUCGGUGGCGGUGGUGGCCCCGGUGUUUCGGCUUUUCGUCCUGAUCACAGUGGCGGCGACGGUCGUAACUUACCUCUGCCCGUCGACCCGCUCUUUACCGACCAGCGUGAAAUCCGGCUCUCCUUCAUGAAGGAGCGAUUGUGGAGCCCCGGUGGGCCAGCGGAAUCUUCUUCCAGGAAGAAGACGACGACGACUGGGAGUCACAACAACAAGAAGAAGCCGUCCAAGUCUGGUGGUGGUGGUGGCGGUGGUGGCCAGUCAUCGGAUAAUUACUCUGCUGGCUCGAGAAAGUCCGGCCCAUCUCCAGCGAACGGCAAGAAGCCCAACAUCAUCUUGAUAGUGACAGACGACCAGGACGUUGAACUCGGCUCGCUCGAGUACAUGCCCAAAACGCGAGCCAUUCUCAAGGAGGGCGGGGCGUUCUUCCCAAACUCUUUCGUGUCGACGCCCAUGUGCUGUCCGUCAAGGAGUUCUAUGCUCACCGGUUUAUUCGUCCACAAUCACGGAGUCCUAACAAACAACGAGAAUUGCUCAUCAGCCUAUUGGCAAGCGGAGCACGAGCCGAGGACGUUUGGCGCUUACUUGGCCAGCGCUGGAUAUCGGACGGGCUAUUUUGGUAAAUACCUCAACAAAUACAACGGCAGUUACGUCCCGCCUGGAUGGAGAGUCUGGGCCGGUCAAGUCAUGAAUUCACGAUACUACAACUACACCAUCAACUUCAACGGACAAAAGAUUAAACACGGCGCCGACUACCAGACGGAUUAUUACCCGGAUUUGAUCACGAACGAUUCGAUUAGUUUCCUUCGCGAGUCUAAGCAGCACUACGACCACCAGCCGUUCCAUUUGGUGAUGAGUUUCCCGUCGCCGCACGGCCCCGAGGACUCUGCUCCGCAAUAUUCGGACAUGUUUUUCAACGUGACGCGACACCGGACGCCCAGCUACGAUUUCGCCCCCAAUCCGGACAAGCAGUGGAUUUUGCGUUGGCUGGGCAAAAUGAAGCCAGUCCAUCAUCGUUUUACGGAUUUGCUCAUGACAAAACGGCUCCAGACGCUGCAGAGCGUCGACGAAGCUGUCGAGAAAAUCUUUAGCGAAUUGGUGGCUCUCGGCCAACUGGAAAAUACCUACAUCUUUUACACGUCCGAUCACGGCUAUCAUCUCGGACAGUUUGGACUGAUCAAAGGCAAGUCGUUCCCGUUCGAGUCUGACAUUCGAGUGCCAUUUUUGGUGCGCGGUCCGGGCGUCGGACGCGGUCGGGUGGUCCAGAGUCUGAUUGGCAACGUGGAUCUGGCGCCGACGUUUUUGGAGAUUGCCGGCGUUCCCGUGCCACCGCACAUGGACGGCGCCUCCAUUUUCCGUUUCUUUCAGAAGGAGAAGGUCAAAAGCCGGGCGCCCUGGAGGGACACGUACUUGAUCGAGCGAGGCAAAAUGCCACCCGCGCACUUUCCAAAACUCAACGUCGUCGAAGAUGUUCCUAAUAACAAUGAAGGAGCUGAAGGCGACGAUGCUGACGGAGUGUCGGUCGAGUACACACCGCCCAGGGGCAAAUUCGAACGCUGGGCCGUCGAGUGCCGCAAGCCGCAAUACCAGAGCCCGUGCAGUGGCUUCCAAAAAUACGAGUGCCUCUUUGUGGACGAGCGCUGGCGGAUGAAAAAGUGCCGGCCCACCGUUCACAAAGUGGCCAAGAAGAAAUGGUGCCAAUGCAAGGCCCUCUCCAAGUAUCGGCUCAGCAAAUUGGAGCCGGAAGAGAGGAGGAUGCAAAGGGCCUUUCUCAAGGAGCACACGCGGCACGUGGAUUGGCGCGGGUACCGGCCUCGAUUCCUCAAGACGGUGGCCGGCAAGAAGAAAUUCCACAACAGGAAUAACAGCCGCCACAAACGCGAGGAAUCGCCAGUCACGAACGUGUCCACGGAGACGGCGGCCGCAUCCGCGGAAGGCAGUGUGUUACGCGAUGUUGCAGAAGACGAGCUGGAACAGGUCGAACUCAUCAUGGAGGACAUUUCCGAUGAGAUUUCCGAUCUUGAGGCUCUGACGGAAGCGAGAAACGUUUCCAGCAGCACGGAACCCGCAAGCCCGGUCACGAUUGCCCCGUCUACCGUUGCUGGAUUGCAAACCGGUAGCCAGAGUAGCAGUGCACCGCAGCUGAACAACAGCGACGGAAAGCUCAACUGUCAAAUUGUUGGUCAGUCGCGAAUCAAUUGCAGCAGCGAAGUGUACAGCGAUCCGGCUACUUGGCGGCUGAGCCGAGAUUUCCUGGAGCAGCAAAUCCGCAUCUUGCGCGUCCAAUUGGACGAACUCAAAGUCAUCCGCAAGCACCUGCGGGCCAUGCGUCCGGAUAAAUCUCAUGCGGCCAUCAGCAAGAAACGGACGAAUUCGAAAUCCAAAUCGAAAAUUUCGAGUUCUCAGUCGCUGUUUGACUGGUCGUCGCCGCCGAAGCGAACGGCAAUCAACAGCAGUGACACAUCGGACCCAGGGCCCGGCGGAAGAAAACAUCGUCCCAAGAUGCCGCAAGUUGAUGCGGACGACGUUGAAGAAGAAGAAGACGAAGGCGAGUUGAUUGACGAAGAAGAGAUGGAUCAUGAGGACGAAGAUGAAUCGACAGUCGCCGGUCCAGUCGAGAGCACGAUCGAAGUGACCAUCUACGACAAUCGAAAAAUCAAGCCGUCGAAUAACGCCGGACGGAUUGGGAUGUGCCCUUGUGUGGACAUGAAUUGGUCUCCCCGGAGUCGCGAGGCCCGGAACGAGGAGCGUCUGGUGCGUCAGGCGAAUCGCCGCAAGAUCAAGGAGGAGCGACAGAAGCGACGCCAAAAAAAGUUGAGCCGCAAACGGGCCAUGGUCGAGUCUCACAACGGCCAGUGCAACUACGAGAAGAUGAAUUGCUUCAGCCACGACAAGGAUCAUUGGCGGACGGCCCCGUUGUGGAACGACGGCCCCUUCUGCGUCUGCAUGAACGCCAACAACAAUACGUACUGGUGCGUCCGCACGCUCAACACGACCCACAACUCGCUCUACUGCGAAUUCAUCACCGGAUUCGUCACCUACUACGACAUGCGCAUCGACCCCUACCAGCUGCGCAACAUCGCCCACACCUUGUCUGAAAAUCAAUUGGCCUUCUUCCAUCAGACGCUCGAACGGUUGCGCGUCUGCAAAGGAGCCGACUGUUUCGUCAACACUCAUCCCUCCGCCGCCAAAUUACUGGCGGCUAAUGGACCCGCAAAGUCGGAUCCCGAAGAGGGCAAAAACGCCAGUUAUCACCUACAAAGUAGUCACCUGCUCGACAAUGGGAGGUUGGCUAAAGUCAAACCGAGACGUGACGGAUACUGGCGCCGGUCGAAGCGACGAGAAAGGCAGACGCCAGAUGUUGUUGUUGCGUCAUCCAGCGCCGCCGCGUGAUUGAUCUCCGUCGUCCCUCACGGCUUCCCUUUCUUUUUCACUCCGCCUUCCCUCCUCGACAAAGUUCACUAACUACCCCCGAGAGAUUAUUAUAGGACACAGAUGGAUAUAAAAGAGCAGCCAGACUCGGUCAAUGUUUAUAUCCCCCUUCCCCUUUUUUUUUUUGUUUUUAGGAAAAAUUCUUCGCCUUUUUUUAAAAAUCGUUUUGAUUUUGUUAUUUUCGCCGGAUCGUUUAUAUCCCCUAGAUGUUUAUCGUUCGCGGUUUUCUGUAAAACAGAUGAAGGAUUCACAUUCUCAGUCGUGUCCCGACUUUUCGUAUUAGAGCGGGAGCAAAGUGCCAAAACGUCACAUUUUCUUGCCGACGAAUGGGAAUCGGAUCUUGACAAAAUUAUUGACUUCUUUCUCUCCCGUUUCUUUUUUUAAUUAUUAUUCUACACACAAACUUGGAUGUUUUUUCCUUUUUUUUUUGCUUUAUUAAUUUUUUAUUAAAAACUCAGAAAGAAAAACGAGAAAAAAGAAAAAAAAAUGUUGAAUUUUGUUAUCAAGUUUUUUUUUGCCAUCAAAUGUUUUGACUGUGGCCUCGACUUUGACUCGCGGCCACACACGAAAAAUUUCUCGAUAUUUUUUCCCCUCUAUAUUUUCCUUCGUUACGCCCCGUUGUAUUUUGUAUAUAUUACUGAACUGCCAGAGAUGUACUCCCGGAUGUCGUUAGGUGGCUCUACCAUCUGGAAUUUUGUUUUUCAUUUCACGUUGCUUACCUUUUCCGUAUGUGUAUAAACACCCGACAGUUCCACGGCGAGAAACAAGGUGAAAGGAAAAACAACGGAGACGAGCAAUGUCCUAAAUUGCCGUUUCAAAAUUGUUCUAUGGAUUUCUUCUCUUUGGAUGUUAAAAUCUUAAAAAAGGCUGUGUUCAUUAUUUCUGAGCUGGUUUCUGUUGACUAUAAGUGUGUAGCCAUAUUUUUGUGUAUUUGUUGAUUCUCUCUACGUUCAAAUGAUGUGAAUACUCCGUCAUCUCUAUUUGCCAUUUCAAACUGUUCAUUUUUUUGUCGUAAAGUGUUUUUUUUUUAUGUCGUUGAUUAAACACGGAAAAUCACGGAAAAUACAUUGACUAUUUAUUCGCGUUAUGCUGGAAAAAAAACUAUAUUUGAACAUGGGUUUUGAAAAAUGGUUGUCAAUGACCAUUUUGGCAAAUUAAAAAAAAAAACCUGUUACCUUUUCUUCGUCGGCAGUGUGAUUGACGUCGGUCUUUCGGUUGAUUUUCUUACCCGUCCUUAUUACCUGACGGCCAACAGCUGUUCACUGGCGCCCAAUCGUUUGUGCGUCGAUGCGCCAAUCGUGAUGAGGUGGAUUUUGAUCGCUGGUUUAGUCAGGUUUUGUUGCAAGAACUUCGCGUUAAAGAGAAUAACUACCGUAUUCUACGACGAAGGGUGGUCUGGCUGUUGGGUCGUUGGAUUGGUGUUAAACUAUCGGUUGACCUCCGACCCUUGAUUUACGAAACGGUCCUUGGUUUAAUGGAACCCAGCGAAGAUCUUGUCAUUCGACUGUCUGCUGCUGUGACAUUACGAUCAGCUCUGGAUGACUUUGAGUUCAACGCCGAGCAAUUUCUUCCGUUUCUAGAACGCUCUUUCUCAUUGUUAUUCACUCUUUUGAAAGAGACUGAAGAAUGUGAAACCAAAAUGAAUGUGUUAAAUGUGAUGUCGCUUCUCAUCGAAUUACUGGGGAAACAAAUGAAGCCUUUCCUCGGUACGUUGCUGCAACUCCUUCCCGCUUUAUGGGAUGCUUCUGAGAAGCACAAUCUUCUACGUUGCGCUAUUAUUAGCACCCUCGUUCAUGUUGUUAAGGUAAAUUGUUUUUAUUAACUAUGUAUUGGCCUGUUUAAUCACUUUAUUACUAUUAAACAACCAGAGAGUAGGAGGUAAUAGUGAAGAUCUGCUUCAUUGUCUGCUACCAGUUGUUUUCCUUAUUGUUUAGAACUAGGAUCUGAAAAUCUCAUUAUAUGCUGUGAUAUUCUUAUAAUCGUAAUUUUUCACUAGUAGAUGUAACAGGGAUUCCUUAACCUUAUUUCCUAGAUGGUGAAUUUAUUUUAGCGAUGCGGUCGUUUUCCAUGUGUUUCUAUAUGGAAUUUAAUGUCAGAAUAUGUUUCUUUGUGUCUCCCAUCAGUCUAAUAUGGAUUUUAAAAAUUUUUUAAAUGUUCAAGCUGCAAUAUGUAACAAAUCAAUACUAAAUGAGAACUCG